AUGAGCGUUUUGAUGUUCUUUAACAACGGUGACGACGUGAUUUGGCCGUCAGACGAGGCGAUCGAGCGGUACAGAAAUCAGAAUGCCGGCGACGGACGUGCCGUGAAAGUGUUCGAUUAUCGGACGGGUCCUCAAUCGAUAGUGGACGCCGUGGACCGGGAAUUCCGGCUGUCAGGACACCACGGCCAUGGCGUCCGGUUAGUGCUGACCGGUUACCGGGACCCAGCGUUGGCCAGAUGGUUGUACCGGGAACGAGGGUUGCCCGUGAACGUGAUAUUCUCGUCCGUGGACAUCGAGGACGGCAGUGACUGGUCUGACUCGUUCUGGUCGGACGACGGCAUCACCAUGUCUGGGUGGAACUGCUCAGCCGGUAUCGACGACAACGACGACGACCUGGACAUAAUCAGUCAUGUGGUGCAAUUCGUUAACGACCUGUGCUACGAUUACCGGCGGUACGCCCACGGCCUGCGCGACAUACCUUCGGCGGCCGCCGGCGACGUGGACAGCGUGUACGCGUCCAUCAUGAACACUUUCGGCAAAGGUGUCCAGGCUGUCGAACCCGUUCUGGACGCCAUCUUGGAACAACUGUGCGGCGCGGCGUGUGCAGACCCUGCGGCUACGGACGACGGCCGGUGGACGUUGGCGUCCGGUGUGGUCGAAGAAGGCGACAGAGCAGCCGAAGACGCAGCUCGAUUGGUAUCGUCCCGCUUUGACUGUUCCGCUGCGGCAGCCGUCGAUUACACACAACGGACAACCCGGGUGGCCAAGUCUUUUGCGUCCACGUUUUGGCACAAACACGCCGAAAUCACUCCAACGCACACAGAACGCACACUGGCCGCGUGCUUGAUCGAAAACCUCAGGGCCGUCGCCGACCCGGAACUAGCGGAGUUGUCGGCCGAACAUUUUGAUAUGUGCCUGAACGCCAAGUUCAUAGCCACCAGACGUUGGCGGUGGACGGUCGGCGGCGCAUCAUACGUGGACGGGUCCUCGACGGCAGUCGGUCCGUCAUUAUUCCGGCCGGAAAUCCGGCAACGCUGCGAACGGUUUUUAGCAGUAGAUCACCUGCAGGACUUGAUGGCCGCAGGAGAUGACGUCGACGACCACGAGGCCGUCGCUGGAAAAAGCUUCAUAGUUCGGAGUCACGUGGAACACUUGGAACCACACAUUUUGCCCCAAAGGCUGGUGGACUACGCGUCGACACACUUCGGCUACGAAGUCCGAUACUUUGCGCUCACUGACACGCUGGUGUUUAGAUUCACGGACGGCGGACGCGGGCGUUUCGUUGAGCAGAGUCAAGCGCACAGGUUUGCGGGGCCCAGAAAUUUCAAAGAGUUCCAUAACGAGGCGUUUCGGACGAUAGACUUUAAGAGUGGUAACUACGAUGCUGACCGUCCGUUAGCGAUGACCGAUCCGAACGUAUUCCGGUACCGGGCAUUCGGUUACGUCGACGCUUCAGACUACGCGGUACACUAUGUGUCGGUUACCGGCGAUACCAAAAUUCGGGCUGAAGUGUACGAACUGCGCGAUGACGACAGCGGAAGUUCGGUGUCAGUGUGCGACCAGCGGUACCGGAUGAAAGUGGAAUGUGGCGAGUUUUGGGUGACCAUUCACAGCGUGGUGACGGCAAGCAGUGGUGAACGGCAUACCGAGCUGACCGUCGGCCUGACCGACGGUACCGUGGUCACGGUGACCAGGCUGCCCGACGGCGAUUUCGACUUGACCCCGCGGAACGCGGACAGCCUCGCGGACGACCACAGCCAACGAUAUGUGUGGCCAGAUGGUCGGCCGGUGUUUGAGUUUUUUGACGACGUGGCCACAGUUAUCUCGCCUGACGGCACGUGGACGUCCGCUGACUUCGGGCAAGCCGAUCACUUUGUGUGCGUGACGUACCUGUCGGACGGUGCCAAAGUCCGGAUGACGACGACCAGGCCAGCCGUACAGUUUUGCCUGGGCUCCGAGUCCGGAGAACCAGUGACCGACGACAAGUACUUGGUAUGCCGCAGGGACCUGUCCGGUUACGAGUUCGUCGACCACCACGAGUUCGUCGACCAACACGAGUCGCGGCGGACGCUCUGUCAAGUGCGCGAGGGUUCAGACCAUGAGACGCCAUGGCCGGUGACGGUGGUGAGAACACUGACCCAAAACCGAUUCGACGACCGAAUGGCCGGGCUGGUGGACAAGGCUCUGGCUGACCACCUGGUAACCAUUAAAACGUUGGCCGACAGGUUGAACGCCGUACUUCCGGUCAACGAUGAUGACGUUGACGACGAACUAGACGAACUCAACGAACUCAACGGAGAAACCUCUCUCGUCUCUCAUCCUUCCGUAAACAUGUGA